UUCAGAUUACGGUAUUUAAAACGUGACCGUAACAAUGUUAAGAUUUUCAAGGUAGCCUACUAUUAUCCUAUCGCGAUGAACACCGGUAUAGGUACUCGUAUAGGUAAGGUACAGAUGGGGAAAAAAAUAUGCGACAUUUUUGCAUAAAAAUUCAUUACUACUCUAAACUCUAUAUUGUGGAGUACUUGGUGCAGUGAUACCGUUCGGGAGAUUAUGAAGUACUUGGAUUUUAAUUGGACCAAGAUAAACGGUCUCGUUAUUUUCGUCGCCAUACAUUUGAUCAAAAGUUUAAAAUGCGACGAACAAGAAAGUGUAAAAAAUGAGACCAAACUCGAGAAAGAAAUCGGAAGUAAUACCGACGACGAUGGACUGACCCAAGAAAUAACCACGUUUAUCAAUAUGCUCCACGAACAGCAAAAAUGUCAAUGCCCUUGUAAGAAUGUACCCAAGAGUUCUGUCUGCGGUAAAGCCACCAAUGGCCAGCUGAAGACGUUCGAUUCGCAAUGCCAUUUAAUUUGCCAUAAUCAAUGCGGUUCUGCUGAAAGAUACGCCAUAAUCUAUCAUCACGAGUGUCCUAUACUUCCAAUGACCAACCGAAAAAAUGUAUUUAAUUACAUCGACGAUAAUCGUCGCACAGAUCACCUCUCAUCGGGUGCGUAUUCGUCCAUAAUUAUACCAGUGGAAUGGCAGUGCGAUUGUGCCUAUUGUCCUGAAACCAGAUGGAUUAGAUUCGAUUAUUAUCCAAUUUGCGCCGAAAGAGGAGGUCAAAAGAUAACCUUUGAAAGCUGGUGUCAUUUCGAUUGCGAAAACAAAUGCGUUAAGCAUACAGGGUAUGCUUACAUGUAUUUGUAUAAAGGAGCUUGUGAGCAAGAUCUGCAACAGCAAGAGUACUCGUAUACCGAAGAAGCCAAUAAGUUUUUCGUGCCUAAAGAUUACACUACAGGAAAUACGCCCCAAUGCGACGCUUGCAGUGUUCGUUGCAAGGAUUACUACGAACCGGUAUGCGCGAAAAAUGGUAAAAAUGAGCAUUUAUCGUUCAAAAGCCGGUGUCAUAUGCGUUGUCAUAUUCAAUGUUAUCACGAAAAAAGUGACAGUUACGUUGAAGUAUACGAAGGACAUUGUCCAUGGCUUUCAAGUUAGAACAUAAUAUCAAACGUCCUGAUGAUACAGAAACCUACUUACUCGUACAAUAAGAGUAUAGUACACGAUGGCAGGAGGAGAAACGAAAACAAUAAUGCAUUUAUAUAACUACCUACGUGUGUUAAGCUUACGACGAUGAUGCUAGACUAUGACACUUUAGUUUAUACUACAUUAACAUUAAGUAUACUCGUAGUACAUAUAAUCUGUAAGCGGAUAUAACAAUUUCACGAUGAAAUACACAACUCGAUAAAAUAUAUAAA